AUGGCCUUUUGGGAAUAUUUUUGCUGCCUCCUUUCUGUGGCAAUGCUACCUACUAUUGUCAAUGGUGCAGCAUCGGUGACAUUAACAACACCAGCUCAUCAUACUCAGCCUAUUGGGCAGGACCACCUACUGUCGGUUUUACAGGGCAUGCAUCACUCGCAUACCUUUCGUCAACUUUCAACCCACGAUAAGAUUUUAUUGGUGGAACUACUUGCUGCCGCGGAGGUAGAUGCAGUGACACAUUACAUUGACACAAUAGGAUUCGAUAAGUUUCUUGUAUUUCUUGAUGUGGUGACAAAAAUAAAUGCAACUGAGGCACAUAUGCUGGAACAUUAUAUGAUUCAGGAAUUGAAUCAAGAAAACCAAGGUGGUUCAGGUCAGAAUGUUAUCGGAAGAAAGAGGGAUUUAGUGGCGUUCCUGGCUAGAAUACACAAGUUUCCCGCCGUGCAGUCUCUGUCCGCAAGUGAUCAGGCCCUCUUGGACGAACUGUUGAGAGCCAGUGAAACACAUACACUGACCCCCGUCAUCCACAGAGAAGGAUACGCCAGGAUUGUCCAGCUUAUAGAAGACAUUGGUACUCCAACCGAAACACAUGCUUUCAUUUCAUACAUGGUGUCACAUUUGAACCAAGAGGCUGCUCAACACUCUACGACCUAAAUGUUCAGUUUUCA